GGCUGCCAGCAGGCUCAGACGUGGAAUCAGACUACAGAAGUCUGCAGUCUGCUGAAAAAGCAGGGCCGUUGUGUUUAAUCUGGUUCCAGAUCAGCGCUCUUCGAGGAUAUUUAAUGGACUCUAAUCGUAUGUCCCACUAACGUCAGGAGACCCGCUGAAAUUCAAAGGUGAAGGAGGAGACUGAACGCUUAAAGCAACAAAGGUGCUUCUUGUUUUCUGUCGUUUAGCGUUAACCCGUUUUUUUGCUACACUGUCAAACAAACUGCUUUUCAGGUGAGCAUGGAGGCUGGCGAGGAAAGUGGCAAUGCCAACUUGAAGAGACCCAGAGCACCUCUGUCAGAUUCUGAAGACAAUAUCCCUUCAGCCUCAGAGGUGAAUGAUGGCCAGAAGCGGCGGCGUCUGGAGGCACCUGGUCAGGAGAACCACAGCCCUACACAGUCCAACUCUGUGCACCCAGCUGAGCAAGGAAAAAAGCCAGACACACCGAUGGUUCCCUCAGUCUGUUCCCGAGUCCAGCAGCUCACACAGAGAAGAGAGGAAGGAACUCCACUGACUCAGAGGCGCCUGUCAGGUUCUGGGGCUGGCGGCCCCAUCCACAACAAGAGCUUCAUGGAGCAUCUCCUUGCUCCUUUAUGGGCACUGUGCUGCAAAAACAAACUUCACAAAUUUAAACUACUAAAACGGCUGUACUACGUUGGAAGUUGGAAGACAGGUGAGGGCGAAUUCAGUCAGAGAAUGGAGCGGUUUAAGGCACCAGUCUUCCAGGCUGACCCCACUCUGGGCCCUGCCAGCCCUUGCUCUUGGUCCUGCUCCAAUUUUGUAUCUGGCAUUCAUCAGAAACUCCAGGAAACUACAAUGCCCAGCUCCAAGCAGGCCUCUCGCAUGCGGCAGGAACGAGAGCAAGAGCUGAGCCAGCUGAAUUUUCAACCAAUCCGGGAGAAUGUGUGGAUGAAAGGGAGCAGCUCUGAUUUGGCAUUAGCUGAGCAGGUUAACACCCCUCCGGGCCCCUCACCUUCCUCCUGGGUUCCUGUAUCUAGAAGGAGAAUUGUUUGGCCUCCCAUGCAGUCCCGGGAUGUUGAUGGUGAUGCUCAGAUGAAAGAUUGCAGCUUGACUGAAACUUCUACAUCGGGUGCAGUGAAGUCAUCUGUAAAUACAACAGGUGAAAUGGCACCUUGUGUCUUUGAAGCCCCACCAGCAUCUGUAGAGCUUGAAAGCUCGAGGGAAGGGCAGCUACAAAUGGAACUGAAGAAUCAAAAUACUCAUCAGGGCCAAGAAGUCAGGGAGAAGAAAGACCACAAGGCUUCAGUUGGAAACGAAGAAGACCAUGUAGGGUCCCAGCAACCAGAGAGCCAGACCAUACUGAAGCUGUCUUUUGGUGAGGAUCAGAAUGUGUCAGGUGAUGAGCAGAGUUUGCUAGAACCCACUUGCCCAGAGGAGUUGAAUGUGAAGGAAACCAGUGAGGUUUCUGAAGUAACUGAACAGAGCGAUUCAGAAAGGUUUGAAAAGAUUGAUUCUUCAUAUGGUGAAGAGGAGAUUGAGCCUUCAACAGAUGAGGAGAUGAGGUUGUGGAGAUAUCCUCAAUCCAAGGUGUACACACAGGGAGACUCUACAGCUGAAGAACAAAAGAAAUGUGUGUGUGCUGAAGAAGAGGAAAUGAUUACUUGUUCCUCUGAAUUGCAUGAAGAUGAGAAACCCAGACCAGAAAAGGGCAAAUAUGAGUUGGAAUGCUGUAUAGAUGAUGCUGUGAAAGGCCAGUCUACUUUAAGGAGAGACCAAGGGAACAUAGAGUCCUGCAAAGGAUAUCAUGAGGGAGAAACUACAGGAGACAUUAAUGCAUUUGCAAUAAGACGAGAGCAGAAAAACACAGAAGGAUGUACUUAUAAGGGUGAUAUAUGCCAAGAGUCAACAGAGAUCCAGGCAGUGACUAUAAAAGAAGACAUGGAUCUAGAAUCAGACAGAACAGGCCCGACUACAGUGAAACAAAUGGGGGUAUCUCCUUUUGCAAAUGUAGGGUACACAGAUCUUCAAGGAAACAUAAAAAAUGUAGCACAGGCUUAUGCCAAACCAGUAGACACUGAUACACAAGAUGCAGCUCUGAGUUUGACAGGGGUGCAGAUGUCAGAAUGCCAUUUGGAGCGAGAGAAAGAAGCAGUAGAUGAAAGACAAGGUAUUACAGAUGGGCAAACGGAGGACCCUUACAAGGCAGAGGGAAGAGAAGGCUCAAAGAAAGUCACUUUUAUCCUGGAGCCUGAGCUAAUCGGUGACGUGUUCCUGGCUGAGACCAAUACCUCCAUGAAGUCCAGGGCUGAGUCAAGUAUGUCAGAUGUCGAACUGAGUCAUGAUGAGACCAAGACUGCACAAAUAAUUGAUCAGAUGUUCGAAGAAGUGCUGGAAUAUGCUGGAAAGAUGGACGAGACGGUUGACAAUGAAGACGCUGAGGACCACGAUAGCGGUAUUGGUGCUUGUUCUGGAGACAUGGAGUCAGAGAAGGAGAAAAGUGAGGAAAAGGGAGAGGCCAAAGAAGAGCGUGAUGAAAACAGUGGAGAUGAGCUACUCACUUUCCCUCUCAGCAGCAUCCUGUCUCCUCUCAGCAAGUCUGUAGAGGCUGUGGUCACCCCUCUGCGUCUAGCAGCAAGCCAGGAAUCCAAUCCUCCAUCUCCGCUCCUCACUCCAGAAGACACCACUCCCACCCCAGCUGAAUUUCUUCCUCUGUACAGCAUCGAUGCCUACCGCACACAAAGACAGAGUAAGCUGCCUGCCAUACAGAGUGUCACUCCUGCAGCUCAAAUGCGAGCUCCAGAGAAGUCCCAAGUUCAGCAUUCUGUCGCCACAGAGGACAAAAUCAUGUCUCUUGAUGAAGAAGCAGGGAAGCUGCAGACUGUGAUCAGCCAGACCCUGCAGGCUCUGAGCUGCUGCACUGAUGAAGAGCAUGGACAAGGCUCGCUGGAGGAGGCUGAGGCUGAAAAACUGCUACUGGUCUCCAGUGAGAAACGGUCCGCCCUGCUGGCGGAAGUGGCCAGACUGAGGGAGGAGAGGAACCUGGAGUCUGGAGAGGUAGCAGGGGAGGACAGGGACUAUGUCUCCCAGCAGCCCUGCAGGGGGACUGUCAACAUCACAAACAUUCAGCUGCCUCUUAAGGUUGAAUUUGUCUGCUCUUCACACAGUCGCACAGGUCGACCAAGUCACUACUUUUUCGUCCUGAUCCGCUAUGGGCCCCACAACAUUGUCACCACCCCACUGGCCACACCUGACGAUGCUCAGAAUGGAGACACCAUCUCCUUCCCUACUUCUGUCACCCUGAAGGACAUCCGCUCAUCCUUUAAGAUUGAUGUGGAAGUCUACAGCCUGUCCCACACUCCAAGCAGUAACUGCAGCACAGACCGGGCCACCACCAAGUCACGGGUGACACCAAGAAAGCUUCUGAACACUAUCACACAGAGAUCCAGUAACAGCCUUCCAUCUGGUCCAUCUACUCUCAACACUCGUCGCUCCAGUAACUUCUGUCUGGUGGGCUCCCAUAAGAUCACCCUGGCCUCACUGGGACACAGCAAGUUCCCUCUGGAUAAGAUGAAACUUGAAGGCAAAAUCAGGAGGCUGCUGGGAGAUGAAUUUCAGGAUAAGGUGCCUUUUCUCUCCCCUCUAGAGGGCAACAUCUACUUACGACUGGACAGCGAGAGUCACUCCAAUGUGCAGCACCAAGGCUUCCUGACCAUGUUUGGACUGAUCAGUGGAUAUGGGGUGUGGCAUCGCCGGUAUUUUGUCCUAGAGGGAUGCAGCUUGUCCUUUUGGAACCACCCUAAUGAUAAAGAAACCAAGGAGGCAGAGGGCAGCAUCUCUCUGUCCAGCUCUCCCAAUCAGUGUGUCAGGCCUGUCAAGAGGGACUCGUGUGCUCGACCUUUCACCUUUGAGCUGGUGAGCACAAGCCCACAUCAGCAGCAGGACAACAGCCAGGAAGCUUUAUCCAAGUGUUGGUUUUCAGCUGAUACCAAACAGGAGAGAUUGGACUGGAUGGAGAAACUCAGUCAAGCUCUUCUGGACUUUCACACAUGGAACCAACCAUCAGCAACCCAAACGGAAAGUCGUGAGUCAGACAUGUCCAGCAGCGGGAACCUAAGGGAGAGUAUGCUGUAACUAUAUAUGUACACCAGCAUGCCUACUCCCAUACUCUACAGUUUGGGAUCCACAAGCUGCUUUUAUGUGGCAGGUAGAUGAGCCAAAUCAGGGCUGAGAUUCUUCAUCUCAAAGCUGCAGGAGACGAGUGUCCUCGUAGUCUCUGUUGAUUAACAUGUGACCAGGCAAAAAUGUUGUCUUGUGUUGAUUUAUCUUUUGGAGGUGAUCUGAGUUUUGUUCCUUUCUUUUAACCUGGGCCUGAUCAUUACUUUCUGGGGUUUCACUUUUAUUUU